UUGAGAGAGGGUGUGUUUACCAUUAGUUAUUUAAUUAGUGUUUUAGGUUGCAGAGUCAUGUGUUUUUAUUCUAGUUUAGUGUGACUGCUUCAUUUCCUGCGUCCCUGGCCUCACAGGAGUUCACAAUGCGUUUGUACAUUGCAGCGGUCCUUUUGUGGGCUGUUAUAGCUACAGAGGGAAAAGCAGUCCCUUCCCUUCCAAAUUUUGGGAACAACUAUCAUGUUAAAGGAGUGAUUUCUCUGCCCUAUGCUGAAAUCAAGGAACCGUUUGAGGCCUGGUUAGAUCUAGCGGCAAAGUCCAGCCGAGUAGACUACUACCAUGGCCAGGUGUCGACCUACCAGCUGGGCACGGAGCAGCAGUGGGGCGUUGCCUAUAAAAUCACUCCUGAGACCACAGAGGUAGAGCAGAAUGUGAUGAAGUGUUUCCAGGUCAACGGAACGAAGGAUGAAACAGUCACACCGCAGACGUCGCUGCCUGAUGUGCAGGGUUUCCAGUUCCUGAGGAUGGAGUACUAUGGCGGUUCCCUUUGUGAAGUUUGGCAGAAUGUGACCACUGUGGGUUACAAGAAGAACACGUACACACUGUGGGUGACUCAUUCAGAGAGAGGUGCAAAUGGCAAAGAAGAGCCCGCCAUACCCCUCCAUUAUGAGAUGAUGGGUUACAACACACUGCUGGGGUCACACUAUGAUAAAUACUUGGUGGACUACAAAGAGUUCAGCACUCAUGUGGACCCCAAAGUCUUCUCGCUGCCUGAAGGGAUGAGCUGUGGUGGAUUUCCUGGUCCGGGAGUGGAGCACCACAUGUUGGCCAAUCCAAUGAAAGAUCUCAUCCACACCUCAGCUUCUGGCCACUCGGAGCGCAUGUUCAACCAUUUCAAGGAGAAGUUCCAGCGUCAGUACAGCGAUGAAAGAGAACACGAGAAAAGACAACACGCUUUUGUUCAUAAUCUCCGGUAUGUCCACUCCAAGAAUAGAGCAGGACUGCCCUUCUCUCUGGCUCUGAACUCUCUGUCAGACCGCACCAUGUCGGAGCUGGCCACCAUGAGGGGAAGGAAACGAGGAAAGACACCAAACAGAGGGCUCCCCUUCCCCUCAAAGAUUUACGAAGGGGUAAAAGUACCAGAGUCACUUGACUGGAGGCUUUACGGUGCUGUGACUCCAGUGAAGGACCAAGCCAUCUGCGGCUCCUGCUGGAGCUUUGCCACCACUGGAGCAGUAGAGGGCGCUCUCUUCUUAAAGACGGGCUCCCUGCAGGUUCUGUCUCAGCAGAUGCUGGUGGACUGUUCCUGGGGUUUCGGCAAUAACGGCUGCGAUGGAGGGGAGGAGUGGAGAGCGUACGAGUGGAUCAUGAAACAUGGAGGCAUCGCCACAACAGAAACCUACGGAGCCUAUAUGGGAAUGAAUGGAUUUUGCCAUCUGAACACAUCCCAGCUUACUGCACAUAUCCAGAGCUACACCAACGUCACAUCCGGAGAUGCUGAGGCCCUUAAGCUGGCACUCUUUAAAAACGGACCAGCAGCUGUCAGUAUUGAUGCUUCACAUCGAUCAUUUGUUUUCUACAGCCACGGUGUCUACUAUGAACCAGCUUGUGGUAACACCACUGAUGAUUUGGACCAUGCUGUGCUUGCAGUGGGGUAUGGCACCCUGAGUGGGGAGCCUUACUGGUUGAUAAAGAACUCAUGGUCCACCUACUGGGGCAAUGACGGUUACAUCCUCAUGUCUAUGAAGGAUAACAACUGUGGCGUCACCACUGAUGCUACAUAUGUUACACUGGCAUAGAUCUGCCAAUUCCCUCUAUAUCUAUAUGUUAAUGCCACUGGAGUGUGUGAGUGUCAGAUGAAUGACACCUAAUGAUGGAUGUGUUGAGGUGUGAUUAUUAUCACACUGAGUUGCUUGGUGAUAAUAAAGUGUUAAACAUAGCUGUGGAAUGGUAUCAAUGUGAAUUGAGAUGCUGCACAACUCACACACAAAAAAAGUCCACCUUUUUAAACAUGGUUUUGACAGAUUUAUUGCUGGUGGCACAUAGCAGCAGUGCCUUCAAUUUAAGUUGUAAAAAGUACAUUGUGUGACAAAUUUUCACUUUAUAUUAUUCUGUUCUACUUUAUUUGUUGCACUCAAAUGCACUGGGCUGGAAUCAAUGCAAUAAAAAACUGGAAGGUUUUCCAUUA